GGCGGUUGUGUUGCGGAUCGACGCUGAAUUCGGGCUCUCAAAAAUAACUGAAUGAAGCGGUGUGCCGCGGAACUGAAUUUUCUGCCGCGUUGAAUUGAAAAAGUCUACUCGAAAAUUUCUAGCAAGGCUUUAGCUGUUUUCAACGAAUGAGACUUAGCGACGAAAGAGAGCUGAUCGCGUGAAACGAACCACAAAGCAAAAGGAAAUGGCAUAACGGCAAUAAAUAACAUAUUCUUUUUUUUUGAAAGUGAGUGUAACGAAAAAGGAUAAACACAUACCGGGAGGAAGAGUUCGAAAUGGCGAACGAAAACGCCGAAACAAAAAUUAAAUCGUAUAAAUUUUUUUGUUAAAAAGGAUCCUGUGAAAACUCGGAUUUUAUGAAAAUAGUGUCUCUACCUCGGAUCUUUUUUUGUGCAAGUGUGCAACGCGCGUGUGUGCAUGUGUGCGAGAGAGGGAGCUAAGAGAGAUCGAGAGAGCAAGCGCGUGUGGCGUCCGUUUGAAAUUUGAAUUUCAGCUCCGAUACCGAUCCUCCUCCUCCUGAUUCUUCUUCUUCAACAACAAAUACGCAAAUAAAAGGGGAAAGGAAAAAAGGAAAAGCGAAAGAGCGUUACUUUUUUUUGCAAUUAUUUUUUGCUGUUCGAAAAACAAAAAAUGUCGCCGUCGUCGGGCAAGGAACUUCUUUUAAUUUAUAAAAUAUAAGAAAUACGAAAUAAAGGAGAAACGCACAGCUUAAAACAAUAGAAAUAUAAACUAUUAUCCAAGAAAAGUAACACAAAAAGAUCAGCUAAAGAAUCUCUUCUCUAAUCGAAAAUUCCUCGAAAAAAAAACUUAGUGAGUGAAAUACAAUAAAAAAAAAAUCGGUAAAAAAAAACUGGUAAACUUGGUAAACUGGAUUACAAUGCAAUCGCAGCGCAGCCGACGUCGCAGUCGCGCAUUAAACACUCGCAUUUGGAUUAACAAAAUGUACGCUCUGCGAGCGUCGCUGUCGGCAUCACUGCCACUGCUGCUGCUGACGCUGGCGUUUGCGAAUUUGCCAAGCACCGUCCAAGGAACUGACACCGCUCUCAUUUCCGUUUCCUGCACGACUGUGGGCUGUCAAAAUGGCGGCACCUGCGUCACACAGAACAAUGGCAAAACUUAUUGCGCUUGUGAUUCCCAUUUUGUUGGCGACUAUUGUGAGCACCGCAAUCCCUGCAACUCGAUGCGUUGCCAAAAUGGUGGCACCUGCCAGGUGACCUUUCGCAAAGGUCGCCUCGGCAUAUCCUGCCAAUGUCCCUUGGGUUUCGAUGAGUCGUUGUGCGAGAUUGCGGUACCGAAUGCCUGUGAUCAUGUGAGGUGUCUCAAUGGAGGCACCUGUCAGCUGAAAACGCUCCAAGAGUACACCUGUGCGUGUGCCAAUGGCUAUACAGGUGAUCACUGUGAGACAAAGAAUCUGUGCGCAAGUUCGCCGUGUAGAAAUGGUGCCACCUGCACUGCCUUGGCCGGCAGCAACACCUUCACCUGCACCUGUCCGCCUGGCUUUACGGGUCCCACCUGUUCCGAUGAUGUCGAGGAGUGUCAGUCGAAUCCCUGCAAGUAUGGCGGCACCUGUGUCAACACCCAUGGAUCCUACCAAUGCAUGUGUCCCACGGGCUAUACGGGAAAGGAUUGUGAUACCAAGUACAAACCCUGCUCACCGUCGCCUUGUCAAAAUGGUGGAAUCUGUAGAUCCAAUGGUCUGACCUACGAUUGCAAAUGUCCCAAAGGCUUUGAUGGCAAAAACUGCGAACAGAACUUUGACGAUUGUGUGGGUCAUCUUUGCCAGAACGGAGGCACCUGCAUUGACGGAAUCUCGGACUACAGCUGCAGUUGUCCGCCAAACUUUACGGGUCGCUACUGUCAGGUGGAUGUGGACGAGUGCGCCCAGCGGGAGCAUCCGGUGUGCCAGAAUGGAGCCACGUGCACCAACACCCAUGGCUCCUACAGUUGCAUCUGCGUCAACGGCUGGGAGGGACCGGACUGCAGUGUCAACACCGAUGACUGCAAGCAGGCGGCCUGCUUCUACGGUGCCACCUGCAUCGAUGGAGUGGGCAGCUUCUACUGUCAGUGCACCAAGGGCAAGACGGGAUUACUGUGCCACCUGGACGAUGCCUGCACCUCGAAUCCCUGCCAUGCGGAUGCCAUUUGUGACACCAGUCCCAUCAAUGGCUCCUAUGCCUGCUCCUGUGCCACCGGCUACAAGGGUGUGGACUGCUCCGAGGACAUUGAUGAGUGUGGCCAGGGAUCACCGUGCGAGCACAAUGGCAUUUGUGUGAACACACCCGGCAGCUAUCGAUGCAAUUGCUCGCAAGGAUUCACAGGACCUCGUUGCGAGACGAACAUCAACGAGUGCGAGUCGCAUCCGUGUCAGAACGAGGGCAGUUGUCUGGAUGAUCCCGGCACCUUCCGAUGCGUCUGCAUGCCGGGAUUUACUGGAACCCAGUGCGAGAUCGAUAUCGAUGAGUGUCAAUCGAAUCCCUGUCUGAAUGAUGGUACCUGCCACGACAAGAUCAAUGGCUUCAAAUGCAGCUGUGCCCUGGGCUUCACCGGUGCCCGGUGUCAAAUAAAUAUCGAUGAUUGCCAAUCGCAACCAUGCCGGAAUCGUGGCAUCUGUCAUGACUCCAUAGCUGGCUACAGCUGUGAAUGUCCACCCGGCUACACCGGCACCAGCUGUGAGAUCAACAUCAACGACUGUGACUCCAAUCCCUGUCAUCGGGGCAAGUGCAUCGACGAUGUGAAUAGCUUCAAGUGCCUGUGCGAUCCCGGCUACACGGGUUACAUUUGCCAGAAGCAGAUCAACGAAUGCGAAUCGAAUCCCUGCCAGUUUGAUGGUCACUGCCAGGAUCGAGUGGGUAGCUACUUCUGUCACUGUCAACCCGGAACCAGUGGCAAGAACUGUGAGAUCAAUGUGAAUGAAUGCCACAGCAAUCCGUGCAACAAUGGAGCCACCUGCAUCGAUGGCAUCAACUCGUACAAGUGCCAAUGUGUGCCGGGCUUCACCGGUCAGCAUUGUGAGAAAAAUGUGGACGAGUGCAUCAGUAGUCCGUGUGCCAACAAUGGUGUGUGCAUCGACCAGGUGAAUGGCUACAAAUGCGAGUGCCCGCGGGGCUUCUACGACGCCCACUGUCUCAGCGAUGUGGACGAAUGUGCCUCGAAUCCUUGCGUGAAUGGAGGACGCUGCGAGGAUGGCAUCAACGAGUUCAUCUGUCACUGUCCACCGGGCUAUGCCGGCAAGCGUUGUGAGCUGGAUAUCGACGAGUGCAGCAGUAAUCCUUGCCAGCAUGGUGGCACCUGUUACGACAAACUAAAUGCUUUUAGUUGCCAAUGCAUGCCGGGCUAUACGGGCCAGAAAUGCGAGACGAAUAUCGAUGAUUGUGUGACGAAUCCUUGUGGCAACGGUGGCACCUGCAUCGACAAGGUCAAUGGAUACAAGUGCGUCUGCAAGGUUCCCUUUACGGGCAGGGACUGUGAGAGCAAGAUGGAUCCCUGUGCCAGCAAUCGGUGUAAGAACGAGGCCAAGUGCACGCCAAGCUCCAAUUUCCUGGACUUUUCCUGCACCUGUAAGGUGGGAUACACGGGUCGCUAUUGCGACGAGGAUAUUGAUGAGUGCGCCCUCAGUUCACCUUGCCGUAAUGGAGCCAGUUGCCUCAACGUUCCGGGCUCGUAUCGAUGCCUCUGCACCAAGGGUUACGAAGGACGAGACUGUGCCAUCAAUACGGAUGAUUGUGCCUCGUUCCCCUGCCAGAAUGGUGGCACCUGCCUGGAUGGUAUCGGUGACUAUGACUGCCUCUGUGUGGAUGGAUUCGAUGGCAAGCACUGCGAGACGGAUAUCAAUGAGUGCAUCAGUCAGCCGUGCCAGAAUGGAGCCACCUGUAGCCAAUAUGUGAAUAGUUACACCUGCACCUGUCCCCUGGGAUUCAGCGGCAUCAAUUGCCAGACCAAUGAUGAGGAUUGCACGGAGAGCUCCUGCCUGAAUGGAGGCAGUUGCAUCGAUGGCAUCAACGCCUACAAUUGUAGCUGUCUGGCGGGAUUCUCCGGCGCCAACUGCCAGUAUAAGCUGAACAAAUGCGACUCCAGUCCUUGCCUGAACGGAGCCACCUGCCAUGAGCAGAGGGACGAGUAUACUUGCCAUUGUCCCAGCGGUUACACGGGCAAGCAGUGCUCCGAGUAUGUGGAUUGGUGCAGUCAGUCGCCCUGCGAGAAUGGAGCCACCUGUAGCCAGAUUAAGCAUCAGUUUAGCUGCAAAUGCUCCGCCGGUUGGACGGGCAAGCUGUGCGAUGUGCAGACCAUCUCCUGCCAGGAUGCGGCGGAUAGGAAGGGCCUCAGCCUGCGACAGCUGUGCAACAAUGGAACGUGCAAGGAUCACGGGAACAGCCAUGUCUGCUACUGCUCCCAGGGCUAUGCGGGCAGCUAUUGCCAGCAGGAGAUCGAUGAGUGCCAGUCGCAGCCGUGCCAGAAUGGCGGCACUUGCCGGGAUCUGAUUGGAGCCUACAAGUGCGACUGUCGGCAGGGCUUCCAGGGACAGAACUGUGAGCUCAACAUUGAUGAUUGUGCACCGAAUCCGUGUCAGAAUGGAGGCACCUGCCACGAUCUGGUGAAGAACUUCAGCUGCAGCUGUCCGCCCGGCACUUUGGGCAUCAUCUGUGAGAUCAACAAGGAUGACUGUGAGCCGGGCGCAUGCCACAACAAUGGCAGCUGCAUCGAUCGUGUUGGUGGCUUCGAAUGCGUCUGCCAGCCCGGUUUUGUGGGUGCCCGCUGCGAGGGUGACAUCAACGAGUGCCUGAGUAAUCCCUGCUCCAAUGCUGGUACCUUGGACUGCGUCCAGCUGGUGAAUAACUAUCACUGCAACUGCCGGCCCGGUCACAUGGGACGCCACUGUGAGCACAAGGUUGACUUCUGUGCCCAGAGUCCCUGCCAGAAUGGCGGCAACUGUAAUAUCCGGCAGAGUGGACACCACUGCAUCUGCAACAAUGGCUUCUAUGGCAAGAAUUGUGAGCUGAGUGGCCAGGACUGUGACUCGAAUCCCUGCCGUGUGGGCAACUGUGUGGUGGACGAUGACGAUGGCUUUGGCUAUCGCUGCGAGUGCCCCAAGGGCACCACGGGAGAACAUUGCGAAGUGGACACCCUGGACGAGUGCUCACCGAAUCCCUGCAUGCAGGGCGCCGCCUGUGACAAUCUGCUGGGUGACUUUGAUUGCCUCUGUCCGAGCAAAUGGAAGGGCAAACGCUGCGACAUCUAUGAUGCCAACUAUCCUGGCUGGGGUGGCGGUGGCUCUGGCAGUGGCAACGAGCGAUAUGCCGAGGAUUUGCAGCAGCAACGGGCGAUGUGCGACAAGCGUGGAUGUGCAGAGAAGCAGGGCAAUGGAUUCUGCGAUGCCGAGUGCAACAGCUAUGCCUGCAACUUUGAUGGCAACGACUGCUCCCUGGGCAUCAAUCCGUGGGCCAACUGCUCCGCCCACGAGUGUUGGAACAAGUUCAAGAAUGGCAAAUGCAACGAGGAGUGUAACAAUGCCGCCUGCCACUACGAUGGACAUGACUGCGAGCGGAAGUUGAAGAGCUGCAACCGUCUGUACGAUGCCUACUGCCAGAAGCACUACGGCGAUGGAUUCUGUGACUAUGGGUGCAACAAUGCCGAGUGCAGCUGGGAUGGUCUGGACUGUGAGAACAAGACGCAGUCACCGGUGCUGGCCGAGGGUGCCAUGUCCGUGGUGAUGCUAAUGGAGCUGGAACAGUUUAGGGAGAUCCAAGCACAAUUUCUGCGGAAUAUGAGCCACAUGCUGAGGACAACGGUGCGCUUGAAGAAGGAUUCCAUGGGUCGUGACAUCAUAAUACCGUGGAAGGAUAAUGUCCGAGUGCCGGAGAUUGAGGAUACGGACUUUGCCCGCAAGAAUAAGAUUGUGUAUACACAACAAGUCUACCAGACGGGCAUCCAAAUCUAUCUGGAGAUUGAUAAUCGCAAGUGCACGGAAUGCUUCACCCAUGCCGUUGAGGCGGCGGAGUUCUUGGCCGCCACUGCAGCCAAGCAUCAGCUCCUCGACGACUUUCCCAUCUACAGUGUGCGUGGCAUUAAGAAUCCCGGCGAUGAGGAUAAUGGUGAGCCGCCGGCGAAUAUCAAAUAUGUGAUAAUGGGCAUCAUUCUGGUACUCCUUGUCAUGGCCUUCUUUGGCAUGGUCCUGAGCACACAGCGAAAGCGUGCCCAUGGCGUCACCUGGUUCCCCGAGGGAUUCAGAGCACCGGCCGCCGUAAUGUCACGUCGACGUCGAGAUCCCCAUGGCCAGGAGAUGCGGAAUCUGAACAAACAGGUGGCCAUGCAGUCGCAGGGUGUGGGACAACCUGGUGCCCAUUGGUCAGACGAUGAGUCCGAUAUGCCGCUGCCCAAGCGACAGCGCAGCGAUCCCGUCUCUGUGGUGGGACUGGGCAACAACGGUGGCUAUGCCAGUGAUCACACCAUGGUCAGCGAGUACGAGGAAGCGGAUCAAAGGGUCUGGUCACAGGCACAUCUCGAUGUGGCCGAUGUGCGUGCCAUUAUGACACCGCCGGCGCAUCAGGAUGGUGGCAAGCAUGAUGUGGAUGCCCGAGGACCGUGUGGCCUAACGCCCCUCAUGAUUGCCGCUGUGCGAGGCGGUGGCCUGGACACUGGCAUCGAGGACAUAGAGAACAAUGACGAUAGCACGGCUCAGGUGAUAUCGGAUCUACUGGCCCAGGGUGCUGAACUGAAUGCCACCAUGGACAAGACAGGAGAGACUUCACUCCAUCUGGCAGCACGCUUUGCCCGAGCGGAUGCCGCAAAGAGAUUGCUGGAUGCCGGAGCGGAUGCCAAUUGUCAGGACAACACGGGCAGGACACCGCUGCAUGCCGCCGUGGCAGCCGAUGCCAUGGGCGUAUUCCAGAUUCUCCUGCGCAACAGGGCCACCAAUCUUAAUGCGCGAAUGCAUGAUGGGACCACACCUCUGAUCCUUGCCGCCCGCCUGGCCAUCGAGGGAAUGGUCGAGGAUCUGAUAACAGCGGAUGCGGACAUCAAUGCGGCUGACAACUCGGGCAAGACGGCGCUUCAUUGGGCCGCAGCAGUGAACAACACGGAGGCGGUUAACAUUCUACUGAUGCAUCAUGCCAACCGGGAUGCCCAGGACGACAAGGAUGAGACGCCGCUGUUCCUUGCCGCUCGCGAGGGCAGCUACGAGGCCUGCAAGGCUCUGCUGGACAACUUUGCCAAUCGCGAGAUCACCGAUCACAUGGACCGCCUGCCCCGCGACGUGGCCAGCGAGCGGCUGCAUCACGACAUUGUCCGAUUGCUGGACGAACAUGUGCCACGCUCUCCACAAAUGCUCAGCAUGACACCGCAGGCCAUGAUCGGAUCACCGCCGCCGGGACAGCAGCCACAGUUGAUCACACAACCGACGGUCAUAUCGGCCGGAAAUGGUGGCGGUGCUGGCGGCAAUGGAGGUGCCGGCGCUGGCAAGCAAAGCAGCCAGGCGGCCAAGCAGAAGGCCGCGAAGAAGGCAAAACUUAUCGAGGGCAGCCCCGACAAUGGACUCGAUGCCACGGGCGGCAGUCUGCGACGCAAGGCCAGUUCAAAAAAGACAAGUGCGGCCUCAAAAAAGGCAUCGGCAGCCGGUCUGAAUGGCCUGAAUCCCGGCCAGCUGUCGGGAGUGCCGCCCACAUCGGGCCUACAGGGAUCAGUUGCAUCGGCAGCGGCGGCGGCACAAGCAGCGGCAGCGGCAGCAGCAGCAGUGGCAGCAAUGUCCCACGACCUGGACGGUGGUUCGCCGGUGGGCGUGGGCAUGGGCGGGAAUCUGCCCAGUCCGUACGACACCAAUUCCAUGUACUCGAAUGCGAUGGCCGCACCACCGCCGAACAGCAAUGCGAAUACGGGGACCAAACAGCCGCCGAGCUAUGAGGAUUGCAUCAAGAAUGCGCAAUCGAUGCAAUCGUUGCAGGGCAACGGCCUGGACAUGAUUAAGCUGGACAAUUACGGCUACUCGAUGGGUUCGCCAUUUCAGCAGGAGCUGCUCAAUGGCCAAGGACUCGGGAUGAAUGGCAAUGGUCAGCGGAAUGGAAACGGUGGAGGCUCUGGCGUUCCGGGUGUUGUGGGACUUUGUAAUCUGAGUGGCCUGACCGGAGCUGGCAACGGAAACAGUCACGAGCAGGGGCUCAGUCCGCCGUAUUCCAACCAGUCGCCGCCGCAUUCGGUGCAGAGCAGUCUGGCGCUGUCACCGCAUGCCUACUUGGGCUCUCCAUCGCCGGCCAAGUCGCGACCCAGCUUGCCCACCUCCCCCACCCACAUCCAGGCGAUGAGGCAUGCCACCCAGCAGAAGCAGUUCGGUGGCAGCAACCUCAACAGCCUGCUGGGCGGCGCCAAUGGAGGGAGCGUGACCGGUGGCGUCGGAGGCGUUGGGCCACAAAACUCACCCGUCAGCCUUGGCAUUAUCUCGCCCACUGGCAGCGAUAUGGGCAUUAUGCUCGCUCCGCCACAAUCCUCGAAAGGUAGUGCAAUAAUGCAGACGCUAUCCCCCCAACAGCAGCAGCAGCAGCAACAGCAACAGCAGCAGCAACAACAGCAGCAGCAGCAGCAACAACAGCAGCAACAACAGCAGCAGCAACAGCAGCAGCAGCUUGGAGGCCUAGAGUUCGGUUCAGCAGGCUUGGACCUUAAUGGAUUUUGUGGAUCUCCGGACUCAUUUCACUCGGGUCAAAUGAAUCCGCCCUCGAUACAAAGUUCUAUGUCCGGGUCAUCGCCAUCGACUAACAUGCUGUCACCGUCGUCGCAGCAUAACCAGCAGCAGGCCUUCUACCAGUACCUAACGCCACCCAGCCAGCAUUCGGGCGGCCAUACGCCGCAGCAUUUGGUCCAGACGCUGGACAGCUAUCCGACGCCAUCGCCGGAAUCUCCCGGCCAUUGGUCCUCCUCCUCGCCCCGUUCGAAUUCCGAUUGGAGUGAGGGCGUCCAGUCGCCGGCGGCCAAUAAUCUAUAUAUCUCUGGUGGGCAUCAGGCCAACAAGGGAUCUGAGGCCAUUUAUAUUUGACCAUAAGCAGUGACUGGAUUAGGAUGGAAAGGGAUAGGGAUAGGGAAUGGGAACGGGGGAAUUGGGAACGGGACUGGAGGAUCUAGAGGAUCCCAGGGAUUGCAAACAGGGACUCUUAAAGAGUUCCCCAAGGCUACACACACAUAACACACACACGUUCUAUAUCUAAAAUGCUAUCUUAUAUAUAUUUAAAUAUAUAGAUAUAUAUAAAUGUAUUUGUAAUUCCUUAUUCUCUACGAUUUAUGUGUAGUAUUCCUUUUCACGACUUGUUCUAUUAUUUUUUUUUUUAUUUAAUUUAAACGAAGAGGAAAGGCAAUUCCAGCGAAGGAACUUAACUUAAAUUAUGAAUUAUUAUGCUUGUUGUACAGUGCGCCGAUCACGUAGAUAUAUCUACUCAGUGAGUUAAGAGCUCGUCUUGUGGGCGCAUUUUAUUUAAUUGUCGUAACGUCAUCGUAGCUUCCAGUAAACCGAACAUAUAGCAUAUAGUAAUAAGGAUAAUGUAAGGCGAGGAGGGGUAACGAAAAGGAAACCUAAACUUAGCGCAAAUUCUGAUUGAUCACUUGAGACACGUUUCUAGUUGUAAGCGACGCAUUAUAUCAUUAUAUCGUAAGCUAAGGCUAAGUUUUAAUCGAAUUCUAUAUUCAACCGAUGGCCCCCAUACAUUUAUAUCGUAGUUCUGUAGGUCUCGAAACUGAAGUGCUUAUAUAAACAAAAUUGUUAGACGUAAAAACUGCAUCGAACGAACUAUUUUUUUUACACGACGUUUUUUUUUUAUUACUAUUACUAUUAUUAUUAUUACUAUUAUGUAUUAUUACAUAGUGACUAAGCUAAACUGUAAAAAGAUUCUCAUAACUGUUUGAUUUAAGGCGACAAGCGAAAGGAGCGGCAAGAAUUGUACGAAGAUCACCGCCGUCGUAUAAUUUAAUAUUAAUAAUAAUAAUAAUUAAAUGAUUUUAAAAGGGACGAGAAAAAUAUGGUAACAACUAGCCGCCAAGUUUUUUAUAUAUGUUUAAGGCAACGCACCCUUUAUACGAUCUAAGCUAAUAGAUAUUAAUAUAUUUUCAAAAAAUAUACAAAAGACAACAA